CCGCGGGCCCCGCGGCUCCUCCUGCCCAGCGUGAGGCCCCGCCGCGGGGCAUGGACGUGACAAUGAAGAAGUUCACGGUGCGCAGGUUCUUCUCUGUCUAUCUCCGCAAGAAGUCGCGCUCCAAGAGCUCCAGUCUGAGCCGGCUGGAGGAAGAAGGCGUUGUGAAGGAAAUCGACAUCAGCCACCAUGUGAAAGAAGGAUUUGAGAAGGCAGACCCUUCGCAGUUUGAGCUGCUGAAAGUUCUAGGACAAGGAUCCUACGGGAAGGUGUUCCUGGUGAGGAAGGUGAAGGGACCCGACGCUGGGCAUCUCUACGCCAUGAAAGUCCUUAAGAAAGCAACCUUAAAAGUCCGGGACCGUGUCCGGUCCCAGAUGGAGAGGGACAUUCUGGCAGAAGUGAAUCACCCGUUCAUCGUGAAGCUUCAUUACGCCUUUCAGACAGAAGGAAAGCUCUAUCUGAUCCUGGACUUCCUGCGAGGAGGAGACCUCUUCACCAGACUGUCCAAAGAGGUAAUGUUCACGGAAGAGGACGUCAAGUUCUAUUUAGCAGAACUAGCCUUGGCCUUGGACCACCUGCACGGCCUGGGCAUCAUCUACAGGGAUCUGAAGCCGGAGAACAUCCUCCUGGAUGAAGAAGGACACAUUAAGAUCACAGAUUUCGGCCUGAGCAAGGAGGCCAUCGACCAUGACAAGAGGGCAUACUCCUUCUGCGGGACCAUCGAGUACAUGGCACCCGAGGUGGUGAACCGGCGGGGCCACACGCAGAGCGCCGACUGGUGGUCCUUCGGCGUGCUCAUGUUUGAGAUGCUGACGGGCUCUCUGCCAUUCCAGGGGAAGGACCGGAAGGAGACCAUGGCGCUUAUCCUCAAAGCCAAGCUAGGGAUGCCCCAGUUCCUCAGCCUGGAAGCCCAGAGUCUGCUGAGAGCGCUCUUCAAACGGAACCCCUGCAACCGGCUAGGUGCUGGCCUGGACGGAGUCGAGGAGAUUAAGCGGCACCCCUUCUUCGUGACCAUAGACUGGAACAAGCUGUACAGGAAGGAGAUCAAGCCGCCCUUUAAGCCCGCGGUGGGCAGGCCCGAGGACACCUUCCAUUUUGACCCCGAGUUCACGUCAAGGACGCCCACAGAUUCUCCGGGUGUGCCUCCCAGUGCCAACGCACACCAUCUGUUUAGAGGAUUCAGUUUUGUGGCAUCAAGCCUGGUCCAGGAGCACUCGCAGCAAGAUCUCCACAAGGUCACGGUCCACCCCAUCGUGCAGCAGCUGCAUGGGAACAACAUCCACUUCACCGAUGGCUACGAGAUCAAGGAGGACAUUGGCGUGGGCUCCUACUCCGUGUGCAAGCGGUGCGUGCACAAAGCCACAGACGCGGAGUACGCCGUGAAGAUCAUCGACAAGAGUAAAAGGGACCCCUCGGAAGAGAUUGAGAUCCUCCUGAGAUACGGCCAGCACCCGAACAUCAUCACCCUCAAAGACGUCUAUGACGACGGGAAAUACGUGUACCUGGUGAUGGAGCUGAUGCGCGGCGGUGAGCUCCUGGAUCGUAUCCUGCGGCAGCGGUGCUUCUCGGAGCGCGAGGCCAGCGACGUGCUGUGCACCAUCACCAAGACCAUGGACUACCUGCACUCCCAGGGGGUGGUGCACCGAGACCUGAAGCCGAGUAACAUCCUGUACAUGGAUGAAUCUGGAAACCCCGAGUCCAUCAGAAUCUGUGACUUCGGAUUUGCCAAGCAACUGCGAGCCGAGAACGGGCUGCUGAUGACGCCCUGCUACACAGCCAACUUUGUUGCCCCUGAGGUCCUAAAGCGGCAAGGCUACGAUGCAGCCUGUGAUGUGUGGAGUCUGGGGAUCCUGCUGUACACCAUGUUGGCCGGAUUUACCCCUUUUGCAAAUGGGCCAGAUGAUACUCCCGAGGAGAUUUUGGCAAGGAUUGGCAGUGGGAAGUAUGCCCUUUCUGGAGGGAACUGGGACUCCAUAUCUGACGCGGCAAAGGACGUCGUAUCCAAGAUGCUCCACGUGGACCCCCACCAGCGCCUGACGGCUGUUCAGGUGCUGAAGCACCCGUGGAUUGUGAACAGAGAAUACUUGUCCCAAAGCCAGCUCAGCCGACAAGACGUCCACCUAGUGAAGGGGGCCAUGGCUGCCACCUACUUCGCGCUGAACAGGACACCUCAGGCACCCAGACUGGAGCCAGUGCUCUCGUCCAGCCUGGCGCAGCGCCGCGGCAUGAAGAGACUGACGUCCACACGGUUGUAGCCGGCCCUCCCACAGGGCGUCCUCUGGGCACAGACUGGGGACAGGGUGCCACCACGUCCGCAGGGAGGCAGAGCCGCCUUCGCUGUCCACCUUCCCCUGUCCGCCUGGGGAGCUCCGACCCGGGGCCCCAGGGCCCCGCUGGGCCGACCACCCCCCGUCAUCCCAGCAGAACCAAUGAACUCUCGCAUGUAGGGUCACACACUCACACCCUUAGGGUGCUGCCACAAUCCAGGUCCUUUCACAGGAUGCCCCCGUUUAUGCGGAGGGAUCCUUUCCAGUUGUUCAGCCAGUAAUCUGGUCAGCUUCCAACACUGGCGUCCUGGUGAGUACGGAAAGGCCAGUGUCCGUAUAGGAACAGGGCACCCAGUUUGUUCCAGAACCUUCCCUGGGAGGGGCUGGAUGCGACUGUGCUAGUACUCCCCGCAGGCUGAGUGGUGGGGUUGGCACCCCGCCGUCUAGAAGGAGAUGCCCAGUUCCAUUCCAGAACAAUCCAAAGUUGUUUUUACCGAGGGGCCGUGCAUCCCCCUUCCCGCUGCCUCAAAUCCAGUCCAAGGAAGAGCCCCCCAAGACCAGGCUUUCUGACCUUUGCCUUGGUGUCUGCAUUUCACAGGAGUCAAGAGAGGGACCCCAGGAAGGAGCCAGGACAGCCUGCCUCCCCCAUUUGCUCGUUUCUCUCCAGGGGCAGCCGUCCCCCACUUGGAGUCACCCCGAGGUCACUGAAGGCCUGAGAGCUCUGGGCUUGGGAAGACCCUUUGUCAGCCUUGCCCAGAGCAGGGCUCAGGCGUGACUGCUCGCGUGUUCUGAUCUGCAGGAAACCGAGUGUUGCGUUUGCCGAGCUUGCUGCCUCCUGUGGGUGCCGUGGCUGAGUCUGUGCCCAGUCUGGGGGGAGAGGAGGGCACGGCGAGCCCCCACCCCAGAGGAGCAGCCGGGCUGGGGCGGGGCGUGGAGACGCCUCGUUGCCAGCACUCAUGCGCUUUGCAGAAGCUGUGUGCGUGCUGCGCUUGGUGUUUCUGUGGCGCAGCCCUGUCUUUAAAUUGACUUUUGCGAUUUCGGUCAUUAAGUGCUACUUACUGUGCUCUUUGGCGUGGUGUGCAUACCGGGGGACGCUGGUGCGCCCUGCUGUGGUCGCCUUGUUAAAUGAAGUCGUGCAGUAAGCGCCCCCAGGGAAAGCCCAGCCCCGAGGGCUCAGCCACAGAAGAGCAGGCGCUGUGUUCUUGAACCUCCUUGGGACCCGUGUGGGCACCCCACCCAGCGUGGGCCCAGCCGGAGAACCCACCUGACCAGGCUGACAGAGGAGGGUGUUCUUUGCCUGUUGUUCUGGCUGACGCGUCUUCCCAGCCCUAAGAAGUAGCUCCUUCUGCCCUGCAGGAGAGUCAGAGAGGCGCCUGCUACAUUAGGGCCAGGUUUUCAUGGUGUCUCUGCCCCUCCGUCCCAGUUCACUAUAGA